UGGCUCUCUAUCGUCUGAGGAUCAUGACUUUGACCCUUCUGCUGAAAUGCUGGUACAUGAUUAUGAUGAUGAGCGAACUCUUGAAGAAGAGGAGGAAAUGAUGGAAGAAAACAAAAAUUUUGUCUCUGAAAUUGAAGAUUUAGAAAAGGAAGGAAACAUGCCAUUGGAAGAUUUAUUGGCAUUCUAUGGCUAUGAACCCACGAUUCCAGUUAUGGCCGGUUCCAGUGCAGAUAGCUCUCCAAGUGAACUUGCAGAUGAACUUCCAGAUAUGACUCUAGAUAAAGAGGAAAUAGCUAAAGACCUCUUGUCGGGUGAUGAUGAAGAAACACAGUCCUCUGCUGAUGACUUGACACCAUCAGUUACUUCACAUGAGGCUACCGACUUCUUUCCUCGGCCAUUAAGAUCAAACACUACGUGUGAUGGAGAUAAGGAAUCAGAUGGUGAAGACGUAGAGGCAGACAAUGGUAAUUCAUCUGAAGAUUUGAGAAAGGAAAUAAUGGUUGGUUCACAGUAUCAGGCUGAAAUUCCACCUUACCUUGGCAGAUACAGUGAUAAUGAAAAGGCCUAUGAAAAUGAAGACCAUUUACUUUGGAAACCUGAUGUGAUCUCAGAAAGUAAAGUUAAAGAAUACCUUUUUGAAACCUCCUUAAGAACAGGAAAUGAAAACAUGAUUGGCAGAAUUCCUGAAGGACUACAUACACGGGACAACGAACAAGCGCUAUAUGAACUUCUCAAAAGUAGCCAUAAUGUUAAAGAAGCAAUUGAGAGAUACUGCUCAAAUGGAAAGGCAUCUCAGGAAGAGAUGACAGCAUGGACAGAAGAAGAAUGCAGAAGCUUUGAACAUGCACUUCUGAUUUAUGGAAAAGACUUUCAUCUCAUACAGAAAAACAAGGUAAGAACCAGAACAGUUGCUGAGUGUGUGGCUUUCUAUUACAUGUGGAAAAAGUCAGAACGUUAUGAUUACUUUGCUCAGCAAACAAGAUUUGGAAAGAAGAGAUAUAACCAUCAUCCAGGAGUUACGGACUACAUGGAUCGUUUGGUAGAUGAAGCAGAAGCCCUUGGUGGAGCAGUACAUUCUUCAGCCUUAACAUCUAAUACUCGAACAGAAACCAUUCCUGAUCAACAGCUAAGCAUUCUGAACUCUAUCACUGCCAAUGAAUUGACAGCAUUGACAAACAGUGUAGCUACAGUCUGCCACGCUUCAGAUGUGAACUGCCUGGAUGAUGCCUUUCCUCCUAUGGACAGCUUACCCCGAGCAUCAGUUAAUCAUGUGCCUGUUGGAACAGAAGAAUUGCUUAACUUGCCUAGCAAUGGUGAAAGUGAUUGUUUUAAUUUAUUUGAGACUGGUUUUUAUCAUUCAGAGCUAAACCCAAUGACCAUGUGCAGUGAGGAGACAGAAAGACCUGCGAAGAGAUUGAAAAUGGGAAUUGCUGUCCCAGAAUCUUUCAUGAAUGAUGUCUCUGUAAAUAACCUUGGUGUGGACUUCGAGAACCACACACACCAUAUUACCAGUGCCAAAAUGGCUGUUUCAGUGGCUGACUUCAGCAGUCUAUCUGCAAAUGAGACAAAUGGUUUUCUCAAUACCCAUGCUCUUCACCAACAUACUGCCCUUCACUCAGAAUGACUGGAAAACUAAACAAACAGUGGGUACUUUGUGCAGUAGUAGUAAACUUGAUGGGAGCUAUCAGGUUUGCUUAGUCUUUCA